UUUGAAUAUUUCCCGAAUCAAAUCAUGAGACCUGAAUACUACUUUUUCUCAAAAAAUCAUCUCUUCUUUGUAAUAAUCAACUUGGGAGUUAUACAAAUUGCUUAUUCACAAAAAGACUUGGAAAUUUUCCGCUUUCAAAUUGCUCAGUGUUCAACAAUGACAACAUCACUAGGUGCAAACCUAAGCUACUGUUUAUUUUGCGUUCAAAAUUAUAAAGAAGAAUGUAAUAAUUUAUGCGCCUCCCAAGAAAAGGAUCAAGAAAUCUGUAGUCGAAUAUGUUGGCGCUUUGCUAAGUACGGAACGUUUUCAUGUAAAAACAAUGUUGGCUAGCAUUUAGUCAAGUUUAUAAUCUCCAAGAAGUGAAAUAUAUAAUUAUUCAGAGAUAUAUGACUGAUUUAAACAAAUAAAAAUUUAAAAAAAUUUAAAAUUGCUGUAAAGUGAUCA